GCCUUCUCGUCCCUUCCUUCCCGGGCUGGCGGCGGCUGCGGGUGGUGGACCUGCGGAUCGGCGGCGGUCGCCCACACCUCGCUCCCUCCUGAGCCGGCGGAUCCUUUUGUCUCUUCGAGCGGCGAAGGUCGCAGGGCCGACGCAGCGGCUGCGGGCGCACGGACGCCCGAGCUCCCAGUCACUUCCCUGGCCUCAGCCGCCGCCGAACUUGGUCUCGAGAAGCCGGCGGACCGCGUCCAGUGCCGGAGCCGGGGCAUGGUCUAGCAGCCCGGUGAAGCCUGUGCAUCAGCCCCCAGCAGUUCUGACCUGUGCUCACUCUUGGCCUCCACUUGGCCCUAGGCUUAGUCUCCACUGCCAGCUGCCAUGGGCAAGCAGAACAGCAAGCUGCGGCCUGAAGUCCUGCAGGACUUGCGAGAGCACACGGAGUUCACCGACCACGAGCUGCAGGAGUGGUACAAGGGCUUCCUCAAGGACUGUCCCACCGGCCACCUGACGGUGGACGAAUUCAAGAAGAUCUACGCCAACUUCUUCCCCUACGGCGACGCCUCCAAGUUCGCCGAGCACGUCUUUCGCACCUUUGACACCAACAGCGACGGCACCAUCGACUUCCGGGAGUUCAUCAUCGCGCUGAGUGUGACCUCUCGGGGCAAGCUGGAGCAGAAGCUCAAGUGGGCCUUCAGCAUGUACGACCUGGACGGCAACGGUUACAUCAGCCGCAGUGAGAUGCUGGAGAUAGUUCAGGCCAUCUACAAGAUGGUGUCCUCUGUGAUGAAGAUGCCCGAAGACGAGUCCACACCGGAGAAGCGAACAGACAAGAUCUUCAGGCAGAUGGACACAAACAAUGACGGCAAGCUAUCUCUGGAAGAAUUCAUCAAAGGUGCCAAGAGUGACCCGUCUAUCGUCCGGUUGCUGCAGUGCGACCCCAGCAGCGCUAGCCAGUUCUAAGGGGAAUGAGCUUUGGGACAGUUGCGGAGAAACACAGGCUUGUCCUGCCAUCUUCAGCUUUGCUUGCAAAAGUGGAUUCCUCCGUGAUCUCUGAUCUCCCCUGCUCUCCCGGGACCUGGGUCCAGGCAGCACAUCACACCCGCCUGGCCUGGCCAACUCGGCUCCCCCCACACCUGACCAAUUCAUUGUCCCUCCUGUCCAGUCCAGGCCGGUUACUUCCAAGGGUUCAAGUGUUCUUGGCUGUCUGGUACCUCCCUGCCCACAAUGGGCCUGGAGGCUAUCGCGGAUACCAGGCUGGACUUUUCAGAGUCUUACACGAUCCCAGGUGACUUUGUGGGCUGGGUGGGGAUGAAGAAGAUGGGGAGUAGACAGGCAAGCCCUUCCAGUGCAUGGCUCCACCUCCCUCGUUCAUUUUCUCUGACCAAAGCCGCUAGCACGUAUAUACCGUGGUCUCCUUCCUUUUACUAUGAGUUACGUGUACGGUGAAGUGGACUGUAAUGUGUAGGCCCUGUAUUUAAUGCCUCUGACUGCCUUUGAAGCAUGGUCCCCUGUGGCCUGUGUUCCCCCCCCCCCCAAGUCUGGCUGUGCUGUGGUAUUUAUGCAUUCUUGAUUUGCCUGAUUCCACAGGAGAUAGAUGCAUGCCCAGGGCUAUGAACAUCUGCCCUCCGUGCUGCGAAUACGGAUAUCUGUGUGUGCUCCGUCCUUCCUGUUGAUUGGUCUGGCAUAUUAAAGUGAUCAAAUAAACCAAGGCCUGCACGUUUCCUAUUUUGCCGUGAGCACCCUGUCAUGGUUCUUCCCCUCUCCAAUUUUUAGCAAAAAUGGGUCCUUGGCAUCCAGCUGUUGAUGAACACAGUCCCUGGGGCACCCCGUAGUCACCACUGUGUCUAUACAUCUUCUCUGCCUGUUUGGCAGUAUCUGCCCAAUGCCAAGAAA